AUGGACAGCGGAAUCCAGCGACGAAUAGGCAUUGGCCGCGGUCGAGGAGCAAUCGCCCGUUCUCCCGUCCCUUCAGCUCCAGUUCCGGAAACGCGACAAAUGCAAAGGGAUUCCAUCAAUGCCAUCACCCAGGGAAUGCAGGCAGCGACGAUUGGCGGACGAUACCGACCGUCAGGACGCGCACCAAUGCCAGUUACACGAUCUCGAGGUCCCAAGGAAGAACAUUCUUCCGACUCUGGCCAGUUCUCUGGAGGUUCUGAAGGCCCUCCGAGUCCCGGUCAUGGCUCCCUUGCACAAAGAGUAAAAGCCCAAGAAAUGACUAAGGAGCAAAAGCGAUUGGAAGAAGAUACUUUCGAUCAAAGCAAAUUUCUUCAACCUUCCAUGAAGUUGAAGAUUCAAGAAGGCCAGUUUUACGGAAGCUCUGGCACAGAAGUCAUUCUGUCAUCCAAUUUUUAUCGGGUGGAUAUGAGAAAUAUGAUGCGAGAUGAGGAAGGUCGCGACAUCUCGUGGUAUCAAUACCGAGUUGAUUUCAAACCUUCCGUGGACGAUGUUAUCAAGCGAGAGGACUUGAUCGACUACAUCGCUGAACAGUUCGCUGAUAUCUUCCCUCCACUCUACAUCUUCGAAGGAACGAUGAUUUUCUCCUUCAGCCCGAUCGACGACAAGAAAGCGAUCUUCAAGGUUGAGGACUGUCGAGAUGGCGUUAAAACGGGCAAAAUUAUCGAAGUGUCGCUGACGCUCUCAAACACUUUCGUCCCUAACAACCCGCUCGGUAUUCAAGUCAUGAACUUGAUCAAUCGAAAAAAUAUGAAAGAAAAUCUUUCGUUGGAACAAGUUCAACGAAGCUUUUUCCUCAGAUCGCGCGCGGCGGAAGUUCACUCUGGAGGAAAAACCUUCGAGGUUUGGCCUGGCUACACUUUCGCCAUCAACACAUACGAAGCUGGAUUGUUCAUGGUCGCAAAUAUCCGUGCGAAGGUCAUUCCAAACUUCACCGUCAAAGACGUUCUUCAAGGAUGCUACAAAGAAUGCUUGGAAGCGAUUGCGACCAAGCCUCAUCUGAAAAACCUCGGCUUACAGGAGCUCUUCAAAAAAGAAGUGUCGAAAAGAAUCAUCGGCAUCCAAGUAAGAACCCAUUACAACAACAAAACGUACCGAAUCGACGACAUCGACUGGACCCAGCAUCCACAAAGUCUUGUCCGAAAGGCAGACGGCAGCCUCUUCACUUACACUGAGUUCUAUGCCGAUCAAUAUAAUAUACAAAUAAAAUCGCCUCAUAAUCAACCUCUUCUGGUAAAUCGUCCGAAGAAGAGGCAGCAAAGACGAGCUGUUGGUGCGGAUACGAAUCAUCUUAUUCCAGAGCUCUGCAACAUGACUGGACUUGAUGAAAAGACGAGAAAGGACUUUCGCGUGAUGCGAGAUCUUGCAGUCCACACCCGAAAGAGUCCGCAACAGCGAGCGAAUGAACUUCGCAUGGAUACGCAGGCCUCGAAGGAAUACAUGGACAAGUGGGGAAUGAUGAUCGGCAACGAAGAUCAACACGCCGAUCGAGAAGAGGAGCUCUUCAACGUCCGCGGCCGUGAACUGCCACCAGAGAACUUGAUCUUGCGUAAUCCAGGCGAUCACGUUCUGAAAAUUCUGCCUGGCAGCAAAGAUGGUGACUGGGACAGGACGAUUAAAGACUGGCACAUGAUCGAGACGCAACCUCUUCGAAGUUGGGGCUUCGUUUGCACAAAGAGGGACCAAAAGAGAGCACAUUCCUUCUUCAACCAUCUCAAAGAUCAGGGAAAAAGGAUUGGCUUCAUCAUUGACGAACCCACAGUUCGAUGCGUCGAUACUGAUCGGAAGGAUGACAUUAACUACGCCAUCGCGGAGAUCUUUGAUUCUCAUUGGAAUCAGGGCGUUCCGACUGAAAUGUUAUUUGUCCUUUUGCCAUCGAGAAAAGCUGAUGUGUACGCCAACGUCAAAUUGGCUUGCCUACAGCGAAAUCCUCCUGUAAUGAGCCAGUGCUUGCUCACUUCAACCAUCAUGGCGGAUGACAAAAUCGCUGCUGUUGCUUUCAAAGUCGCGAUGCAAAUGUCUUGCAAGCUCGGUGGUGUUCCUUGGCAGGUGAAGAUGAAUAUCAAGAACACCAUGAUCGUUGGUAUCGACACCUACCACGAUACUGACCGAAAAGGCAAGAACUUGACAGGAUUUGUCAGCUCUUACAACACGAAUGCGACGCGAUGGUACUCCCAGAUCGUGCAGAUGUCCUCCAAGCAAGAAAUAUCCGACGGCUUAUCCCACAUGAUGGAAGGUGCUAUCGAAGCCUGGAAGUACUUCAACGACGAUAACCUUCCGAGUCGAAUUAUCAUCUACAGAGAUGGAGUCGGCGAUGGUCAGCUCGAGUACAUUCACAAGCACGAGUUGCCACAGAUCCAGGACAAACUCAAAGAAUACAUCGGGCCUGGAGGUUGGGCGCAGGAACCAGAGCUCUUAUACAUUGUGCUCAAGAAACAAAUCAACCAGCGUUUCUUCCGGUACAACGACAUGGGUGAAGAAGACAACCCCUACCCCGGUACAGUUGUCGAUUCCAAAAUCACUCGACGAGACAUGUACGAUUUCCUCCUUGUCUCCCAAAAAGUGCGACAGGGUACUGUCACUCCCGUCCACUAUAAUGUGAUUUACGAUACGACGCUAAACCUCAGUGCGGACAGAAUCCAAAUGAUCAGCUACAAGCUGACACACCUUUACUUCAACUGGCCCGGUACAAUUCGCGUUCCAGCGCCGUGCCAGUACGCGCACAAGCUUGCUACCCUGAUUGGAGAUCAUAUUCACCACGAAAUCACGGAUCAGGACUUCGUAUCCAAGCCAUACUACCUCUAG